AUGAAGAGGCUGAGGUGCUACUGUUGUUGGGUACCUCAUGUCGGUGGCUGUCUCCUGGAGCACUGUUUACACCCACCUCCACUACUGCCGUUCAAGCAUCACCAGAUCCCCCGCUGCGCGUGCAUUGGCGCGCACAGCGACAGGUGCAGCGUCGUUGGUGUACCCAUCACUACACAAAAACGACGACAGGCAGCAGCAGGAGGCACACUUGAGGUUGGCACACGUAUGGCUCGGCGCACACGAUUCGGGUUUUGUGCUGUGAAGAAGGAAGAGCUCGAUGACGAGCUAUUCGGCACUGACACCCCGCCAUCGACGGGGACAUGCGCUAUCAAAGGCGAGCUCAAGUCAUCGAUCAGGCGCCAAACGCCGAACACAAAUCGAGGCGGCUCGAAGACACCCGCAACCUCCGCCGGAGGCAGCGGUCGUGAGCCCCCCGAGACGUCUCGCUAUUUUGAUUCUUCCCUUCCUGUGAGGGGGAGGAAACGGAAGGUGGCAGCAAGUGUCACCGGCCCCGCCGAAGGUAGCUGUACGACGGGCAGCAAGAGCAGGCGCCAUCGAGGUACUGGCGAUGGUACCGGAAAAGCUUCGAAGCUGUCUGCCACUUCCCCAAGCGCGACAACUGGCUUCUGCGCUGUCGGUGCCCGGCGCCGGAGUAGCCGCACACUCAACGCCGUGAAGAAAGAGGAGCUGACGAGCGCGCUCGAACUCCCAGAGCCAUCUCCGUCAGAUGCCAAGAGGAGGACGAAGGGCGAUACCUCCACGAUCGGGGAUUGCAAACCCCUCAGGAGGCGGGCUGCCGUCGCUGCGAAGGGCGAGGUUUGUGUGCAGGCGUCCGAGGAGGGCAAGGGGAAGAAGAAGGCCCGGACGAAGGCCAAAGCCAAUAUCGAAAAGAGGGGAGAGGUUCGGGAAAGGGCUAUUCCGCCGCGCUUGGCGGAGAAGGCGGCGCUGAUAAUCCAGAUUAUGGACAAGCUUUACCCGGACCCGCCCAUUCCGAUCAACCACCUGGAUAGCUUCACGUUGCUUUGCGGGGUGCUACUCUCUGCUCAGACCACCGAUGCUCAGGUAAACCUGGUGACGCAGGAGUUGUUCAGGGUGGCGCCGAAUCCGCAGUCCUUGUCCAAGAUGGCACAGGAGGAUCUGCAACAGAUCAUCAGAUCCGUUGGACUUGCACCCACCAAGGCGAAGCAUCUAAUCGCGCUGUCGCAGCAGAUUCUAGACCGCUUCGACGGCAAGGUUCCCCAGACCUUCGAGGGCCUCCAGAGCCUGCCCGGCGUCGGGCGCAAAACUGCUGCGGUGGUGAUGGUCCAGGCCUUCAACACCCCUGCCUUUCCUGUGGACACACACAUUCACCGAUUGGCCCUUCGCUGGGAACUGACCAAGAACGAAAAGAACGCCAGCAAGGUGGAAGAGGACCUUAUGGCCGUGUUCCCAAGAGACUCGUGGGCCAAGUUGCACCUUCAGUUCAUCUACUUCGGCCGUGAACACUGCCAGGCUCGCGUGCACGACGCUUCGGCUUGCCCCAUCUGCUCUUGGGUGAAGAAGACUGGACCCGGCUCCCCAAAAGCGUUGGCAGAGCUGACCUGCCUGAACGACUACCUGGCAUCCCCUACCCCCACCAAGAAGUCCAGCAAGAAUGCCAUCGUCUACAGCGAGAGGAUGCUAGAGAUGGAACAGUUCAGAAUGAAACUGGAAGACAGCUGAGAUGGCACCGACUGCGGCCAGGCAGCAAAGUCGAGAAUCUUGCCUUCAGGCGACUCUCAGGCUUGUGCGGGGACCCAAGAACGCUGGAGCGCUGGAGCGAGGGUGCAUCAUGGAAGCUACCACGCGCUCUCACACGUUAAACUGGUUGACUGGGAAAAUAUGCGCUUCUUGUUCAGCAGUUCAGAUCAGCCGUUGUGCUUGAGCGUUUCUUUUCAUUCGCCAGGAUGUCGACGAAGCGAGUGGGAGUCUGAUGUACGCGGGGGCUUGAGCACAGAUCGGUGGAUACGUUUGUCGUACUGAACGCGCCAAAGAGCAUCGCGCGAGUGACCCGUUUUGUACCAGGCAACAUUUUCAAAUGACGCUCUUAAUUCCUGGCGGGCGGCAACAACUUGGCUGAAGUUCUACCGCCAUCAGGUCAGAAAUCGCGGAGGUGAAGCGUUCCUUGCUUGCUCGACGCUUUCCCUGCUGGAUCUGCGAUCCGUACCACCUUCUUUUCAUCAGCGUUCUACCCACACGCGUACACUUAAACGUUUUGUGCGCUGACAUCAAGCGCUCACGGGCAGCGAUGAAAUCCAGUUUUCGUUUAAGACGCCAACUACAGGUGGAAAAUAAGGGCGAAUUAAUUGUAGAAAACGACGGGGAAAGUCACCAGCAACCUUGAUGGACAGGCACCCAGUGUCG